CUUAAAACAGCCAUACGAUUUUAUAAUCACUUGUAAAUUUCAGUAAACACUUUUAUGUUAAUAAUUACGAUAAGUAUUUGAAAAAGAUUCUUUUGGUUCAACUAUGAAAUUGCACGUGAAUUUCGUAUACCCGAUCCUAAUGAUCGUCUUUUUUACGCUGUUAAAUUUGCAAUGCUGUAAUGCAAGAAAUCUGGGUAAUAUUGCCGAGGUGGCGGACAACAUUAAAGCGAAUUCAACAAAUCAACAAAAUGCCACCGUUGUUGCUGAAAGUUCGGAUAAACAAAAUAAUACCGCAGUAAUCCAAUCAAAGUCACCGAAGACUUCGCGCCCAGUGUCGAACACUGCAUUAACUCACAUCUUGCGCAAGAAACGUGAAACCGAACCCGUAAUGCCCUUCGAUUACGAUACCAUGCACUUGGGAUGCGAUAUGGAUCAGGGUGGCCUAAUCAAUAUUAUUGCCGCAUUUCCGAAUCAUUGCAUUUGGGUUUGGAACAAUCGAUUCGUGCACGAAGGUUACUAUCGCGUCUUUAAGACCUAUCAGUUAGAGGCCUUCUUCUUUGGUCAAUAUUAUGAGCGCUUGCGUCGAUUCGAGGUGGAUCCGCACACCUGGGACUACAGUUCAAUUGGUAAAUGGUAAAAUGGUCUCUCAUCGCAUGGCGAAUUGAACAAAAUUUAUUUAUUUGCUGAGCAGAUUCUGCUCAAUCUAUCUUAAAUAAUAAAUGUAAUAUUGUUAAGGCAAGAA